CAUCCGUCCGCGGCGCCUGACGCCGGCUCAGCAUCAGAAGCGGGGCACCACCACCAUGUUCUGCCUUCUCGCGGCAUUUCUCUCAACAUCGGCAGCACAAAUACCAGCCAUGGACGGCCCGCAGCUGUCAAACACAUGUCCCUGCCGGCAUACCAAAGCCCCAUAAGACACCAUCAACGAACUCCCUCGAGAACAACCACGGUCAAGGAAACGCUCAAUGCGCGAACACACUACGGUUCCAGCGACGAUGACGGCGCCGCAGUCCACCGAAUCAACCAAUACACCAUCAAGCAAGAGAUAGGUCGCGGUUCCUUUGGCGCAGUACACCUAGCUGUAGACCAGUUCGGCAACGAAUAUGCCGUCAAGGAAUUCUCCAAAUCGCGCCUGCGCAAGCGCGCGCAAUCCAAUCUCCUACGCCGGCCGAAUCAGAAGAGACAAGCUAGCAGAGGCUUCAAUUCACCGUUGCAUAGAAUGUCGACGUCGGAUAGACUGACUCCGCAAGCGAACAACUCUCUGGAUUUGAUCAAAGAGGAGAUUGCGAUUAUGAAGAAAUUACACCAUACCAACCUUGUUGCGCUGAUCGAGGUCUUGGACGACCCGGAAGAGGAUUCGCUAUAUAUGGUCCUGGAGAUGUGCAAGAAGGGUGUUGUCAUGAAGGUUGGCAUCGACGAUAGAGCGGACCCAUAUGAUGAAGAGACGUGCAGAUGCUGGUUCCGCGACAUGAUCCUGGGCAUUGAGUACCUACAUGCACAGGGUAUCGUACAUCGAGACAUCAAGCCUGACAACUGCCUCGUAAACGAAGAUGACGUCCUCAAAAUUGUCGACUUUGGCGUAUCAGAAAUGUUCGAGAAAGAGUCUGAUAUGACCACAGCAAAAUCAGCUGGCUCGCCCGCAUUCAUGCCUCCGGAGUUGUGUGUUGCCAAACAUGGUCAUGUUUCUGGCCGAGCAGCUGAUAUCUGGUCCAUGGGCGUUACGCUCUACUGUCUCAGAUAUGGUAGAAUUCCAUUCGAAAAGACUGGUCUACUCGAGAUGUACGAAUCGAUUCGCGGUGAUGGAUUCUCAUUAUCUGAAGAACAGAAUCCACAGUUCAAGGAUCUUAUGUGUAAGAUUUUGGAGAAGGAUCCCGAUCGCAGGAUCAAGAUGGAGGAGCUUAGAGCCCAUCCGUGGGUGACCAAGAACGGAGAAGACCCUCUGCUUUCAAUACAGGAAAAUUGUGCAGAUCUAGUCGACAUGCCGACCGAAGAGGAAAUGAACCACGCCAUUACAGGCAAUAUGAAGCAACUCUUGGUCGUGAUGAAAGCUGUGAAACGCUUCAAGAAGCUCCUCUUCCGUAAGCGUCCAGAGUUGAUGGACGGCUUGUUUGGUCGCGCUUCUCGCAUAGUAGCACCUCCCGGUAGUAUCGAGACGAAACACAGAAAAACACGCAGCAGCGAUGCGGAUGACAGAAAACCGAUGGAGAGGGUCCUGGCUGCUGAGGGAAUCCACCACGACAUUGUGGUCUCUGACGAUAUGGUCUGCAGUCCGGGAGAGAUGGACGAGUCAAACUCUAUGCACACAGAGACACCCGAUGACGUUGAACACGCACAACACGCAGACAAGGACGCUCAGCAGGAAUCAGUUGACCGCGCACUAGAAGAGCCUCAUAUCAAAGGCCACGCUCAUGACCCCCUGUCGGAAACGACAUAUCUAGGUAUAGGAACCGGGAGCAACUCUCCAUCAGCUUACACCUCGGACGAGAUCCAAGACGACAAGCCGAUAGAACACAUUGUUUGCGAAUCACCUGGUGCCGACGACAGCAACUUCUUCGAGCAGGCCUACCAGGAAGAAAUGCAGCGUAUCCACUCGAGAAGAGGACGCGAGCCUACCAUUUACCUUACCCGCCGCGUCGAAAACAUCAAGGCUAUCGCCGAGCACGAAAGUGUCAUCCGCGAUUCUUCACAAGCCGAGCCUGAGAGCGCGAAGAGCAAGUGGGCAGGGCUGGCGAGUAAAAUUCGCGGCACCGACGUCGGCGAGGCCGCACAAUCAGGAGCAGAGGACGGCGACGAUAAAGAUAAGGAGUGAUUGCAACUUUCCCAUCAAUCGUUUGGAAGAUCAUCGCUGGACGGUUGUAUCUUACCGCCGGAUGUUGUUAUUCGGAAUCAUUCAUAAAUUCUUUUCCUUUUUUUCCCUAAAGUCAAGGGAGGUAAUGAAUGCCAAGCGUGGACACAGGGAAGAAUUGGUAUUCAGGCAAAAUUAUUCCAACUUUCCUAUAUUUCCAUAGCAGGGCACACACAUACGAUUAUCCUACAUAACAAAAGGACCUGCAAAAAACUCAUUACAAACUUGA